AGCUGCUUAAGAAAUGGUUGCGUGAGCGUUAGACUAUUCUCAGUUAUCAAUAGGAAUUACGCUCAAGCGAAGUGCCUUAAGUUUUAACACUCAGUCUCGCUUUGUCGCUCAAACUGAGCGCACGCGAGUGAAGUGAAGUGUAUCGUAAAAAGUGAACGUACUACGCAAUAAGUGAUAUUAUACAUAUAGACAAUCUAUUUUUACUCCACCAUGCUCGAGCCAAAGACCUGUACAGACGACCUCGAAUCAUGGGUGGAGCUGAACAGCGGCGGCGGGCUGGCCGCCGAGAACGAGUACAUAAGACUGCUUAGGGAAGCUCAGAGGGAGAGCCGGGACUCCUCCGUGAGGCACUCCAGGGCUUCCAGCGUCAAAGGAAGCCCGAAGUCGCCCCCGAACAGUCCCAACCUGGAGCCGUCCACUGAAGACGAGCUCAAAGGAGUCUACAUCAAUUGCUGGAGGGAUGACUCCAACGACUGGGUGUGGGAGUGGAGCAGUCGGCCUGACCAGAUGCCACCCAAGGACUGGCGGUUCAAGCACCCGGUGUCGGCGCGCGGGCCGCCCUCCGCAACCUCCUCUAUCGAGGUGCUCGAGCAGCAACUCUGCGUCCCCUCCAAUCAACAGAGCCACUGUCUGUCGGUGCGGCGCACUUGCCUGUUCAGCCGCGGCGCCAUCGCGGCCGUGCUCGUCACCAACCUCGUGUCGCUGCUGCUGGGCGCCGGCAUCGGCGUUUGGCUGAGCAAACGCGGCAUGCUGCCCCACAGACUGAUCGUGCUGAACUAGACAAGACUGAGGCUCCGGCGAGGCGGCUGCACACCCUGUAUACCAUCGUGCAUCACCCUGUAUAUUAUCUACGAAAUCCGCGGUAAAAUCUGAUCCUAAAAAACUUGACAUCUUGUAUACAUUCGGUUGAAAAUACUCUGUAAAUUUGUUUUUUAUACGUCGGGAUGGAGCUGAUUUCUAAUGGGAAAAGUAUGUGCAGGAUAAUAUUCAUAGAUUGAAUUAAAAAUAUAGUCUUAGGUUGGUAUUCCAUCUCUAAUAUCUUGGUCCAAUAUGCAUUUGCGUCUCACAUUUUGCUUAGUGAGAGAGUGAGACGCAAUGCACAUUUACAAUAAAUGACUGUUUCGUUAUAACGCACCACAAACUGUAGUUUGUGGUUUUAAAUAAUUCAUUCGAUUUUAUACUUUAAUUUGAACGAAAUAGAGUCGAUGUUUUAUUUAUAACGCGACCCAAUAGUAUGCUUAUAAUAUGUGACGUUUUCAACCAAAAGGUACCACAUUGUCGCUUGUUGAUCUACAAGCUUAUCAAUUUGUGGUUGAUUCUAAUUGAAGCUAUAUGGAAAUAGCGCCUUACUGACUAACUGACUGCCUUUUGGUUGAAAAUGGCACAUAUUAUGGACUUAAUAAUUAUUGAAGUAAGGUAGAAAAUCAAAUGUAUAACCAAGUCGUGUGUUGCUGCCUUUCGUUGGUGUGUGUAGAGUAUUUUAUAUAAUGAGUGUUAUAUGUGAUGUAGUGAUUGCACUAUUAUAUUUUACAUAUAUUAAUAAUAAAUGUAUAAUUAUUUAUACUCAUACUGGAUAUUUUCUGAUUUGACAGCGUUUAGGUGUUAUUAUGUGCUUCAGAGAGUUCGGACCAAGCUAACUCUGCAUGACAUUUGCAAUGACAAUGUCUUUGUUGUUGUUGUUUGUGUGGACAGUCCAAAUCGGUGCAAAGUUAGCUUGGACGGACUCUUAUUAACUUUCGGACGAUCAUAGAGUUAUUGUAAAGUCUAAGACAAAAUCGCGCCCAGAAUUUGACGGAAAAACUAGAUGGCGUUGUUUUGUGUUUACUGAAUUGACAAACUUUUGAAACUUUGCAUAGUUUGCUUUUAUUAAUUCAUUCAAUUUAUUUCUCUCUCUGCACCAAUUGUAUGUAUCUCUGUUUGGCCCUAUGGUUGACUGGUGCAAAUGCUAUUUGGCAUUAAGCCCGCCAUUUGCACAUUGUCGUAUAUAUUUUGUGCAAUAAACUUUAAAUAGAAUAAACUUCAAGAGGAGGUAACGCAUAACGUACGAACUCGUACGACGCCAUCUACGUCAGCUGUCAUAUUCGAGACACGAUUUUUUAGACUUAACACCACUUCUACAAUCAAUACUUCUUACACAAUAAUAAAAAACAAAAUAGCAUUACGAUGUCUUUGUACGCUUGUCACAUAGAAGUCCAGUUUUCAAAAUGGCCGCCGUCACUACAUCGACAUGAGUGUACGUGAAAUGAGUAAAAAACAAAAAGCUCUUAAAAACUGUAUUUGUUAGAAUUAGGACCACUUUUGUAUUUUCUUACUCUCGCUCAUACUGGUUCCAUUAUGUUUUAAUUUUUUAUACUAAAUAGACGUUUAAUAAUAUGACGUUACUAUGAAGACUUUAUAGUGGCACUUUGACUCUGUCAUUGUACGGUCGAGUCCACAAACAUUCAUAAAAUAUAUUUUCAUCACACUUGCUCAUAAGUAAAUGGUAUGGUACACGUAGGCGAAGGGAUGUAAUGUAUUUUUUCAUCACUCUUGCUAGGCUUAGCGGUCCGUAAAUCCAAAAUUUCGACCUAGGGAUGUAAUGUACGUACGAAAUUAGACAGAGGCUUUAUUUUUUUCCCAUUUUUUCCUCACACGUGUGAUGAAAACAUUGUAUGAGCCACGAAUUACAGGAAUUACGAACUCGGUGUUAAUAAAGCCCUCGCCUUCGGAUUCGGCCUUAAAUUCACACUCGUUCGUUAAAUCUUGUUUACCGCCCUACACAUAGUACUAUUUGGGACGAUGGCUUGUAAACUCGACUGUACAUCACUUUGUCUCAUUCAAAUAUAGUAGAGAUAUAUAGUUUUGUGUUAGAUGAAAAGUUAAAACAUACGUAAAUGUUGGAAUCAAUUUUCGACUCAUAAGAUUUUAACUACAGUACCGGCCAAUAAUAUAUCACCUUUGAGUGUUUUUAUAUGAGCUUGUAUAGAGUAAACAAUAUAGGUUAUUUUGUAAAUUGCAUAUUUUACUAGUCAUUGAUGAAUAUUGCAAUGAAAUGCUGUAAAUUACAAUAGGAUACCUACUCAGCAUAUUACUAAAAACCUUUAGUAAAAAAAUGAAGUUAACAAUACAUAAAAAAACUAUGUAAAAACCAUUACAUGAGACCAAUUUUUCUCAUCGCUUGUACAAAGGAAUACUACUAGACUACCUAAAGCAGUGAGGUGGAAGUCACUCACAAAUAUAUAUAAAAAAAGUUAUACCAUUGUUGAGCGUAGACUAUUUUUCCCGAAGCUCGUACGCCGAAGACUGGAACGCGCUGGCCGAAGUGAAGCUGCCGCUGCCAAUUACCUCAGAAAUACCACCACCAUGUUACCGGGUAGUGUGAGGGUUAGUAAGAACACUUAUUUUAGGGUUAAUAAGUUGUUAAGUGUAGAAGUGUUGUAGAAAGACUGACGAGGCUCGGUUGGGCGGUCAUAUUUAUAUGAGAGCGCGACCGCGCCCCGCCCACUGUGUCACGUGGGUGAGUUGUGCAGAGUCAGUUUCCAUUUAUUGGCCAAUCAGCUUACGCUAUUUUACAAAGUUAGGGAAUAGGUAAUAUUUAUUGUGGGACAUUGAUUCUUAAUAAUAAACAUUGAUUGAUUUAUAACUAUGCACGAAAUAUAGAAAUAAAAACAUAAACACACAAUGAUUAAAAGACAUAGAAAGUUACACAACAAUAAAACACAAAAUUAGAGGAUCACAAAACGUACAAUAAAAAACAUCUUAAAAGCUAUAUGCGACAACCAUAAAAACAUGGAGGUGAUAUAUUAUUGGCCGGUACAGUACCUAGUCUGAUAAGUGUAUAAUUAUAUUGUGGGCUUGUGAUAUUUUAAAAUAUUGCUACGUAAUUAUUUUAUGUUCUGUUCUUUUAUGCAUUUCAUUUUUUUUACUUCUACGCAAAGUAUUUUUUUUUUGUAUUUUCGGGAUAUUCUUGAACAGUCAGCAGCUAAAGUUGCUAAGCGGGCGAGGUGUUCAAAAUUAUCUUAACACGCUUUUAUUCUCUUAACAAUAAAGUCGCGUCAAGAUCAUUUUGAACAUCUCGCCCGCUUAGCAACUUCUGCUUCUGACUCUACUUUGUUAAGUUAAAUUUAAAUAACGGAAGAUAUCUUACUUUUUGUUUUUGUAAUAUUUUAAAAUAUCACCCAUUUAAGUUAAAAUGCCAUGUUAUGUUUCAUUUAUUGUAAGAUCAUUUGGACUUAAGUCAUAUCAAUGAUGUAUUUAAGAAAGAAGAUAUAUUUGAAUAUUUUGUUUUGAAUAGCAAGGUUAGAAAAAUUAUUAAAAACCAGUAUCAUUGCUUAGAAUUUUAAGUAAAAAAUUUGUUCUACAAUUUCAGUUUUUAAAGCGAUUCAGAUCCUUAAGUAUCCCCAUCUUUUUUAAAGUUUUUAUAUACAUAAUUCCCAAAAACUAAACUAUUUCCAAUAUAAUUAGGUACUUUACGACCGAAAUAAUGGUUUGUUUAACUUCUUAAAUAUUACCAAUCUACAGAAAACUUUUUUAAUAUAACUGGACUUUUGAGUAUAAAAUUGGUCCAAAAGCAGGACGCGUAAAUUAAGCUUUCAUAUCACAUUCGAAAUAUUUUUUACAGUACAUAUGGUGCUACUUUACCGCACUAGUGCGAUUAUUAGCACGUAACGUAACUAUGUCGAAAACUUAAAGGGCCAUAUGUGCUGUAUAACGUUGUACGAUACAUGUGCGAACAGGUAAUUCGCACUUGUAUCGUAAUGUACUAUUGCGACCAUUUUCUCUGUAUUUACAUUAUCUAAUGGUGCCCUACACCGCAGUUACAAAACAUUGUGUGACAGGGACAACAUAAUAUAACACUAUUCAAUACUUAAAUGUUAAUAUAUUUUCCCUUUUUAUUGUGGGACUUACCACAUUAUUACAUCUGUAUACACAAUUUAUAAACUAUCAUAUAAUGUUAUAUAACGUUAUAUAACCGCCGAUGUGUGAGCAUUUUAACCACCCGCUGAGCUGCUAUUGACUGUAUAACUAUGACAGAAAAUGGAAUCCUAUCGCUAGCAAAAGUGACAGCGGCACUGUCGCGCGUCAAAUUUUUUUUUUUAUACUACGUCGGUGGCAAACUUACGGCCCUCCUGAUGUUAAUAAGCAGCCUCCGUAGCCUAUGUACGCCUGCAACUCCAGAGGAGUUACAUGCGCGUUGCCGACCCUAACACUCCUCUCCCUCGAGCUCUGGCAACCUUACUCACCGGCAGGAACACAACACUAUUAGUAGGGUCUAGUGUUAUUUGGCUGCGGUUUUCUGUAAGGUGGAGGUACUUCCCCAGUUGGGCUCUGCUCUAGAUCUGGAAUGACAUCCGCUGUCCUGUGCCCUACCACACAAAGCGAGAUGUCAUUCGCAGUGCCCAUACCUCUCUUUUGGACAUAGUUUAAGGACAUACCCGGGUCCGGACGUAGUUUAUGGACAUACUCGGGUCCAUUAUCCUACUUUCAAAUGAAUACAGUAAAUGGUUAUCAUUAUCACGCGCGACUUGAGUCGCGGCAGUACUUUUACUAUGCUGACAGAAAAAGAUAUCAAGUGAUCUAAGCUGUAUUAAUAUACAUAUAUAUAUAUAAUUAUCACAUUACCCAAUUUUCCUGGAUUGGGGAAAUCAAAUUUGCCAAUUUAGUAUGUGUGAUAUGUAGUCUGUCGAAGUUAACUCUGCAUAGCAUUUUCAAUGACAAAGUGUGGCAAUGUCAUCGUUAAUGUCAAAAUUCUAUGAAAAUAUGGCGGUUGUAAUGACACUCCCUCACUUUGUUUUGUUUAAAUCGGUGCAGUCUAUCUUGGCAUAUCUGUUAGCAUAUUGUGGCUCAUUCUAUGUUUAAUUAUAGGCCUUACUAUUACUCGUAAAUAUUUCGUUUUUUUCAUGUGAAUUUACUGUUUUAUUUGGUUUUUUAUUUAUUUUACAGAUGUGUAAUAAAAAAAUGAAAAUGGAAACGAACGUUCGUUUCGUUUUCGUUAUUGUUUUUUUUUCAUGUAAUCUCUUAGUAUUUUUUUUUUUUCAAUAUUUGCUUCAUAUCUCCUUGAAAAUUAUAAGAAAAUGUUGAUUUUUAGUUUGACAAUUUAAAAGGGCCACAAUAUUCAAAAAUUUCAAAACAAGAUUCGAAAAAAAUGCCGUAGGGCUAUAUUUUUGUUUUUUUCUACUUCAUGUAAAUAUUUAUAUUUGUACUACAUGUAUCACAUUCGUGUCAUUUGUACUCUAGGAUAAGUGCUUAAGAAAUAUAAGGAUUCAUUUUUAUACAA